AUGACUCCCUUCACCCACCGUGCUUUUCAAUCCUCGCCUGACCUGUACACAAAGCUGAUCGGAAUCUACUCCCGUGAUCGUGAACUGAACUCAGCAAGACUACUCCACGCCCAUUUGAUCACCACCGGGUUGGCCCGUCUGACCCAUUUCGCCUCCAAGCUCAUUGCUCUAUACUCUGCCUGCGGCCAACUAACCCAAGCCCGGAACCUGUUCGAUGGAAUUCCCAAGACGAACAUACGCCGCUGGUUUGCUCUGAUCGGAGCCUACGCUCGCUCUGGGUUUUACCAGCAGGCAAUGGAUGUGUUCAGUGAGAUGCAAAGAGAGGGUUGUAGACCCAAUAGGAUUGUUAUUCCCAGUGUUCUCAAGGCAUGUGGGCAUUUGUCUGAUGUCGGAACCGGUGAGAAGCUUCAUGCUGUUGUGCUCAGGCACGCGUUUGAGUUUGAUGCUUUUGUUAGUAGUGCAAUUAUUGACAUGUACUCGAAGAAUGGGAGAGUGGAGAAGGCGCGGCGGGUUUUUGAUAUGAUGGUUGAUAAAGACUCGGUGGCUUUGAAUGCUGUUGUUUCGGGGUUUUGUCAGCGUGGCAUGGCGGAUGAAGCAUUGGUUUUGUUGGAGGAAAUGCAGGUGGUGGGGAUUAAGGCUAAUUUGAUUACUUGGAACACUUUGGUUGCUGGGUUUUCGCAGAAGGGUGAUGAGGCAAUGGCGUCUAGGCUGUUUAAGUUGAUGCCCGUGGAUGGGAUUGAACCUGAUGUUGUGUCGUGGACUUCGGUUAUAUCUGGGUUUGUGAAGAAUUUUCAGAAUAGUAAGGCUUUUCACACAUUUAAGCAGAUGCUGGAUAGUGGAAUAUUGCCAACUCCGGCUACAAUCAGUAGCCUCUUGCCUGCUUGUGCAGCUGUGACAAACUUGCGGUGUGGUAAGGAGAUACAUGCUUAUGCAUUGGUGAUUGGAGUUGAAGCUGAUGUAUAUGUGAGGAGUGCUCUUGUUGAUAUGUAUGCUAAAUGUGGAUUUAUAUACGAAGCAAAGACAUUGUUUUGCAGGAUGUCUGAAAGGAACACGGUAACAUGGAACUCAAUGAUUUUUGGAUACGCGAAUCAUGGGUAUUGCACUGAAGCAAUAGAGCUUUUCAACAAGAUGAAGACAGAAGACAGCAUGAAACUUGAUUACUUGACCUUUGUUGCCGUCCUUACUGCUUGUUGUCAUGCUGGGAUGAUUGAGCUUGGCAAAAGCUUGUUUAGAUUGAUGCAGGAAGACCAUGGGAUCAUGCCAAGACUAGAACAUUAUGCAUGUAUGGUUGAUCUUCUAGGUCGAGCAGGGAAUCUCACUGAGGCAUAUGACAUGAUUAAGGCGAUGCCUAUGGAGCCAGAUUUGUUUGUAUGGGGAGCAUUAUUAGGAGCAAGUCGGAAUUACGGGAAUAUUGAACUUGCUGAGGUAGCAGCUAAGCAUUUAUCAGAACUAGAGCCGGAUAGUGCAGGAAACAAUUUGCUAUUAUCCAGUCUAUAUGCGGAUGCUGGAAACUGGAUAAAUGUUGCAAGGUUGAAAAAAAUGAUGAAGAAAAAGAAGUUAAGGAAAUUACCAGGAUGCAGCUGGACGGAAGCUGCCUGAUAUACUAUAAUGCCUUUUCAAGGACGAUUCUGUACAAUUCCUCAUUCGGAAGAGACCUGAAGAGAAGGAAAUCUCCUGGUACAAGGCACCUGAGCAUUAACUUAUUUCUUAGCGUUUGCUUCUCAACCUUCUUGGCCGAAGUUACCCUUCAAACUCUGCGAAUUCUACAGAUUCCAAGUGUUUUUGGUUGUUGGAGUUCUGAUAUUAAUCACUUAUGGUAAGAAACUCAGAGCAGACCCUCAAAGUAUGAGAUUUUCUACGUGCUAUUGAAAUAUAAGUGGAAUCUGCAAC